UAACGUUUCGGAAACUGGUCCGGAACCGGGCGGGCGGAGUGGCGAUAGAAUUUGCCGUUUAAUCCUACUUUGGAGACCAGAGUAGAAUGUGACUGAAAAAAUGGCUUCCUCCGUUCCCUUUCAUCAUCUCGCAUGCUGCUUUUCAGUAUCCCAGCAGGAGAAGGAAUGCUUCCAGCAGCAACUAUGGCGGACAACAAGAGCCAGAUACUCUAGCUCUAGAAUUCGAGCCACCCAGCAAGCCGUUAAGGCCUCUUCAGUCGAAGUACCUGCCUUUCCUCUCUUUCAACCUUCCCAGCUCGAAGAAGCAGCCUCCGAGCAGUUGGAACCAGCAGACCCUGACUUCUACAAAAUCGGUUAUGUCCGGAGCAUGCGUGCUUAUGGAAUUGAAUUCAAAGAAGGGCCUGAUGGUUUUGGAGUUUAUGCUUCCAAAGAUGUGCAACCCCUUCGUCGACCCAGGAUGAUCAUGGAAAUCCCUCUAGAGCUGAUGCUCACAGUUAGCAAGAAGCACCCCUGGAUGUUCUUCCCUGAUAUAAUACCGGUUGGUCAUCCAAUAUUCGAUAUUAUUAACUCAACCAAUCCAGAGACAGAUUGGGACCUGAGGCUGGCGUGUCUGCUUUUGUAUUCGUUUGAUUGUAAAGAUAACUUCUGGCAGCUUUACGGCGACUUCUUACCUAGUAAAGAAGAGUGCACCAAUUUACUUCUUGCUACUGAGGAUGAUCUUUUGGAGCUGCAGGACGAGGAUCUUGCAUCAGCUAUGAGAAAACAGCAAUCUCGAGCUUUUGAAUUUUGGGAAAAGAACUGGCAUAGUGGCGUUCCACUCAAGAUAAAGCGUCUUGCCCGUGAACCCGAGAGAUUCUUUUGGGCACUUGGCAUAGCCCAAUCACGAUGCAUUAACAUUCAAAUGAGGGUUGGCGCUCUAGUUCAAGAUGCAAAUAUGCUUGUACCUUAUGCUGAUAUGUUAAACCAUUCACCAGAGCCCAACUGCUUCUUCCAUUGGCGAUUCAAAGAUCGAAUGCUGGAAGUGAUGAUAAAUGCAGGGCAAGAAAUCAGAAAAGGAGAGGAGAUGACUGUUAACUACAUGCCACAGCAGAAGAAUAACAUGUUCAUGGAAAGAUACGGCUUCUCAUCACCGGUGAAUCCUUGGGAUGAGAUUCAGUUCUCUGGCAAUGCUCGAAUUCAUUUGGAUUCCUUUUUGUCCAUCUUCAACAUAUCAGGGCUUGCUGAUGAAUACUAUCACAACGAUGAGCUAUCUGGAAGUGAGGGGAGUUUCGUGGAUGGAGCAGUCUUAGCAGCAGCAAGAACACUGCCCACUUGGUCAGACGGAGAUCUGCCCCCCGUUCCCAGCUCAGAAAGGAGAGCUUUCAAGGAAUUGCAAGAAGAAUGCCGUCAGAUGCUUGCUAAAUACCCCACUACAUCCGAGCAAGAUCAGAAGAUGCUAGAUUCAAUGUCAGAACCCAGGAGAACGCUCGAAGCCGCAAUCAAGUAUCGACUGCACCGGAAACUGUUCAUCAAGAAGGUCAUCCAGGCUCUUGACAUGUAUCAGGAUCGCUUGUUAUUUUAGUUUAGAUGGAUUGGAUCCAGUUUUGACUUGCAUAAAACUUUUGGUACGUUUGUGUAGAAAUAUUUGACCUCUGCUCUCCCCGAUUCCAGAGUAGAGCCACCAAGUUGUAUCUGAUCAAGGGUUUAACCGAUUCAAUCAGAAGAACCACAAUUUGCUUGGUUCUUGCUUUUGUUUAUCAAAUGCAAUGCAGUCAAAAUCGCGCUUUAAAACUUUAAAACUUAC